AAACCAGAUCAUUUGCUCUCGAAGUGCAGUGAGCGACGGCUUUUCUGACGGAGAAUGCAGAGCACGUUUUAUCUAGGUAUGAAAACCAGAUCACUAUUUUGUCAGACUACUUAGAAGAAUUUCCAGAAACUGAUGAGCCGGUGUGGAUUUUAGGAAGGCAACAUCACCUAAACACAGACAGGGCCAUCCUCCUGUGUUACAUGUCAAAGGCCACCAGUGCAGGCACGGUGUUCAGGACAGCCGGGGGUGCUGCAUGCAGCCUUGAUCAGCUGGAGAAUCCUUUGGAAAAGCCAGCCAGUCUGAGCCACAGCUAAGGGGAAAUGCAGCAAACAGGAUUCUUAAGCAUUCUUCAGAGCCUUUGGAGAACUCUACAAAUCUAAGUUAUUGUUGGAUAUAAGUGCUCGCCUCUGGUUUACGUAUAGAAGAAAGUUUUCACCUAUUGGAGGCACCGGUCCCUCGUCUGACACGGGCUGGGGAUGCAUGCUGAGGUGUGGGCAGAUGAUGCUGGCCCAGGCGCUGAUCUGCAGACAUUUAGGAAGAGAUUGGCAAUGGGAAAAACACAAAAAACAACCAGAAGAAUAUCACAGAAUCUUACGAUGCUUUCUGGAUAGAAAAGAUUGCUGUUAUUCCAUCCACCAAAUGGCACAGAUGGGUGUUGGAGAGGGGAAGUCCAUUGGAGAGUGGUUUGGACCAAACACAGUUGCUCAAGUACUGAAGAAGCUUGCUUUAUUUGAUGAAUGGAAUUCAUUAGCAGUUUAUGUAUCUAUGGACAAUACAGUGGUCAUUGAAGACAUCAAGAAGAUGUGCUGGUCCCCUGCCCAGAGCAGCAGCAUUGCCCACAGCAGUGCACAUUUGCACAGAAAUGCUCUUGGCCAAAACAAGAACACAGCAGGAUUGUGCCCAGGCUGGAAACCCCUCUUGCUCAUUAUCCCUCUCCGGCUAGGGAUUAAUCACAUCAAUCCAGUGUAUAUUGAUGCAUUUAAAGAAUGCUUUAAGAUGCCACAGUCUUUGGGAGCAUUAGGAGGGAAACCCAAUAAUGCCUAUUAUUUUAUAGGAUUUUUAGGCAAUGAGCUGAUCUACUUGGACCCUCACACCACUCAGAGUUUUGUAGAUUCAGAAGAAAAUGGCACAGUUGAUGACAAGAGCUUCCACUGCCAGCAAGCUCCACACAGAAUGAAGAUCAUGAAUUUGGACCCUUCAGUAGCUUUAGGCUUCUUUUGCAAAGAAGAAUGUGAUUUUGAUAACUGGUGUAGUCUUGUACAAAAGGAGAUUCUAAAGCAACAGAGCCUGCGGAUGUUUGAGCUGGUCCAGAAGCACCCACCCCACUGGCCUCCUUUCAUACCUCCAACCAAGCCAGAAGUGACAACCACAGGAGCAGAACUCAUUGAAUCUACUGACAAGUUAUUUGAAUUGGAAGAAGAAUUUGAAAUCCUGAGUGUAUGAAGGAAACUGUGGAAACCUUCUGAGUAUUGAACAUAUUGCUAAUAUUAUUGCAUUGACAUAAAUUACACAGCCAUGUUAGCCCAGAAGUGCCUGACAUCAUGGAUAACAGAGCACAAAUACCUGGUAUCAUCCACAACUCCAACAAGGACAGUUUCUUCUGUCAAAGAGCUUCCCCAGAUGGAAAGGCACUGAAAGAUUUUAUCAUAAGACCCUGAAAGGGAACCUCUUUUUAAUGUGCGUCUUUCUUGAAGACAAAUGGACCUCUGAAAUUAAGGCAAAAAUAAGUCUGUCAGUGGGCUGUAUGUUUGGAGAAAGGGAUAACAAAAUGGGUAUUUCUUGCUCUAAUAUAAUGCAAUAGUUUAGUUCUUAAAGCAAGAGUCUUCAGUCAAGGAGGAUAUCUACUUCUGUUCCUUCCUGUGGGCUGCAUCAUAGAAAAAAUGCAUUGUCUUGUUUAAAAGAUCAACUGGAUCAGGAGAAAAUUGUUUCCUUGUUAAAUAUUUUAACAUGUAUUUGAGCAACCACACUUUAUGACAAAAAUGUUUCUGUGAAAGGAACUAUGUCUAACAUAUCCAUUUUGCAAUAGCCUUCCUGUUUCUGGGAGACCUCAAGAGGAACAGGAGCCUCAAAUAGUUGAUACAGAUCACAACCACUGUUAUGAUAUAUUUCACCUUGACCUUAAAGUUCAUCAUUAAAACUUAGGCUGACUUUUCUUUUGGAGCUAAAGUGAGUCAAAGGUGGUUUAACUGUACCUUAUUUAUUUUAAAAAAGAUUUACACAAGUAUCUCUGUUACUGCACUUUAUCUGUGCAUCUAAUAAAUUUCUUAAGCUUUUCA